CACGAGUUUGGGUUUCUUCCCCUUCUCUUCUCCGGGCAUCACAGGAUCGAGGCGAUACCGGAGGAGCCCCCGCCAUCGGCCAUCCUCCUUCGCGUCGCGCCUCCGGAUCCCGAGCUUCCAGAAAGCCGACCGGUUCGUCGGCCGGUCGCCGGAGAUGGAAGCCAAUCACGCCUCGCGGGGGCGCCGCACCCUGGAGGAGAUCCGGCAGAAGAGAGCCGCCGAGAGGAUGCAGCAGCAGCACAACCCGGCCGCCGCGGCGUCCCUUGUCGACCCUUACGGGAACCCAGGAGCCGGAGCUGAGCUUCUUGGUCGAGUUAGAGAACUUGAAAAUGGGAACAUAGCAUUGGAGAGGGAAAACCAAAUGCUGUUAUCCAAGAUUGCUGAGAAGGAAGUCGAGAAGGAUUCCCUCGUUAACCGCUUGAACGACCUUGAGCGGAAUAUAGUACCCUCCUUGAAAAAGGCUGUGAAUGACAUUUCUUUGGAGAAAGAUGCCGCAGCUGUUGCUAAGGAGGAUGCUCUCGCACAACUAAGGAGCAUGAAGAAACGACUGAAGGAGGCAGAAGAGGAGCAAUACAGGGCAGAAGAGGACUCUGCAUCAUUGAGAGCACAGUUAAAUACCCUGCAGCAGCAAGUAAUGAGCAACUCUUAUACUGGAUUUCCAGUUGGUGUAUCAAAUGAGCACAUUCUUGCUAUGGAAAAGGAGGUAGAAAAUUUGCAGGCUCAGCUGAAGCAAGAAUCAUUGCUAAGGCAGCAGGAGCAACAGAAACUUUCUGAAGAGUCCCUAUUAAGGCAACAAGAGCAACAAAAGCUAACUGGAGAACAGUCUCAUGCUGCUUCCUUGGUUGCGGAAAAGAAAGAGUUGGAAGAAAAAAUUGCUGCCUUGACGAAGAAAGCAUCAGAUGAAGCUUCUGAAUUUGCUGCACGCAAGGCAUUUUCAAUGGAAGAUAGGGAAAAACUUGAAAGCCAAUUGCAUGAUAUGGCUUUGAUGGUUGAGAGGCUAGAGGGCAGCCGCCAAAAGUUGUUAAUGGAGAUUGAUUCUCAAUCAUCAGAAAUAGAAAAGCUGUUUGAGGAGAACUCAGCCUUGUCUACUUCAUACCAAGAAGCUGUAGCUGUUACAAUGCAAUGGGAAAACCAGGUAAAAGAUUGUCUCAAGCAAAAUGAAGAGCUACGCUCUCACUUAGAGAAGUUAAGACUUGAGCAAGCUACUCUAUUGAAAACAAGUAAUACCACUAUCCAGCCAGAUGGGCAGAACGAGACCAGCAUUUCAUUCCCGCCAGAGUUUGUAACUGAGAAUCUCUCCCUAAAGGAUCAGCUCAUCAAAGAACAGAGCAGAUCCGAGGGGUUGUCGGCAGAAAUAAUGAAACUUUCAGCUGAACUCAGAAAAGCGGUGCAAGCGCAGAAUAACCUCGCACGCCUAUAUAGACCUGUGUUAAGAGGCAUAGAGAGCAACUUAAUGAAAAUGAAACAAGAAACAUAUGCAACGAUCCAGUAAUUUUGGAUGACCGAUUAUUUUCCCCCCUUACCUGCCUACACACAAAAGGCAGAGCUUACAGCAAGUAACGAUCAUUUGUAGAGUUACAAUCAACUAUAGUCAACAUUGUUGUACGUGUACAUUCGGUUCACUGUUGUAUUAUAUUGGAAAUGGGGGCAGUAACAAAUGAACGAGUACACCCGCCACCGGACUUUGGAAUCAGAUUUGCUUGUGUUGAAAUUAAAACUAUUAAGGGGGCUGUUAUACCA